AUCUACAAUUGCCCAAUUUUGAAAGCCCAAUAAUCUCCACAUCUCAAUUCAAGCUCACCAUUCCCAUUUUCUCGUCGCCUCUCUCUCUCCAUUCUGAGCGAAAUGACGAAAUUCAGGAAGCUCAAUCGGCCGACCGGCCACAGAAUGUCCAUGCUCAGGACGAUGGUGUCGCAGCUAGUGAAGCAUGAGCGGAUCGAGACAACAGUUGCGAAGGCAAAGGAAGUUCGCAGGCUUGCUGAUAAUAUGGUACAGCUCGGAAAAGAGGGUACGUUAUGUGCUGCAAGGCGUGCUGGUGCCUUUGUUCGUGGCGAUGAUGUCAUCCACAAGUUAUUCACAGAAUUGGCCUAUCGAUACAAAGACAGAGCAGGUGGAUACACGAGAAUGCUUCGAACUCGUAUACGAGUUGGGGAUGCUGCACCAAUGGCGUACAUUGAGUUUAUAGAUAGGGAAAACGAACUUAGGCAAGCUAAGCCACCGACGCCGCCACCACCACAGAGGCCAACUGUGGAUCCAUGGACGAGAUCGCGACUUACCAGACAAUAUGCGCCGCCUAAAGAGGAGAAGAUCUCUGACUCCGGCAGUUGAGUUAUGUCCUUCCCAAAUUGCAGUUUGUCACACCUUUGUAAUUUUGCAAUUUUCAUGAGCCUGAAAUAGUUUUGUUCCUAUUUGAAUGCUGACCUGCAAAGUUUUUGGCGAAAGCCAUAGAAUUAAUAAACACAAAUGUCUGUUAGAAUUUUUUAUCUAUCUCAUAACCAAUUCCUUUUAAACUGAGGAAAAGGAGAAAUGUUUAUAAUUUGCUAUGUAUGUGUUGUGGUGAAACCCUGUUUCUAUUUAAAUGAAUUGAUCAUUUUAUUUAGAGAGUGUGGCCAGUAAAAAGUGCCAUAUAUUUAAAUG